AUGGCGCCUUAUCGCGCGCAACAGCGCGAUCUUAUCUGCGUGCCUGAGAUGGAGACGGAGCGAGGAGGGGGCGGCGGCGGCGAGCCGGGGCUGGGAGUUGGACUGGUCUGCUCCGUUCACACCCUGUCCUUGGGUUCUGUCGCCCCCUAGUGGUACCCGGAGGUGCGGCACCACUGCCCCUCCACCCCCAUCAUCCUGGUGGGCACCAAGCUGGAUCUGAGGGACGAGAAGGACACUAUCGAGAAGCUGAAGGAGAAGAAGCUGGCGCCCAUCACGUACCCCCAGGGCCUGGCCCUGGCCAAGGAGAUAGAUGCGGUGAAGUACCUCGAGUGCUCUGCCCUGACGCAGCGAGGGCUGAAGACCGUGUUCGACGAGGCCAUCCGUGCCGUCCUCUGCCCCCAGCCCGCCAAGGUCAAGAAACGGGGCUGCAUGCUGCUCUGAAGGCACGUGGAGCCCCCCUGUGAGGACCAAGCCCAUCGCCUCCCCGGGAGUCUGCUCUCUCUUCUCCACUGCAGUUACCUUUCUCAUUAUCAUCUGUCUACUUUUCCUAAAAACAAAUUAGUGUAUAAAAAUUCAAUUUAUUUAAACAUUUACUAAUAACUAGUAGUAAGUAGCUAGAGAACAAGGAAACGGUGUCUUCUUGACAUGAGCCAGUAUCCUACUGUUAAUGUACAGUCCGCAUAGCCCUUGGACUGUAACCCACUAAACCCGACACCGAGUAAUUAUCAGACUGGUGUGUGCUGAUCCAUUUGUAUUAUAAGGCUGUACAAGAGAAUGUACUGUAAAGUCAUUAAAGUAUGGAAGCAUUGUUUUACGAUCAUAUCUGGUUAAGAUGCUAUUUGGCGAGAGAUGCACAGUGUGUUUACGCAUUUUAAAUUGCAAUAAAACUUGCUCUUUAUACGUUU